AUGUCCGCCUUCCGUGUGGCCACCAAGGCUGCCGGCGGCAUCGCUCGUCGCGGCGCUUCCUUCCAGGUCCAGCGCGCUGCCUUCAACUCCAUCGCCAAGCUGAACGAGCGUGAGGUCCACGUCACCGACUUCAAGAACGGCGCGGCCUCCAAGGACACCUUCGACGAGUCCAAGUACGCCACCUCGAAGCCAGUCGCCCCUUCCGACGAGGCCCACGUUGCGCGCCCACUUCCCCACUCCGUCCGCGAGCAGCUCAACAACACCAUGGCCAGCUUCACCCUGACCGGCAAGACUGCCAUCGUCACUGGCGGUGCGCGCGGUCUUGGCAACAACAUGGCCCAGGCUCUCGCCGAGGCUGGUGUUGAGAACCUGGCUCUUUUCGAUAUCAACAAGGAGCUCGGUGACCGUGUUGCCAAGGAGCUCCACGAGCAGACCGGUUGCCACGUCGUCUUCUACGAGGUCGACAUCCGCACUGACGGCGCUAUGAGCGCUGCGGUUCAGGACGUCGUCGCUCGCUUCGGUGACCUCCACGUCCUUAUCAACUCUGCCGGCAUCGCCGAGUCCAACAUCAAGGCUGAGGAGUACGACCCCAAGGAGUGGCGCAAGACGAUGGACGUCAACCUCAUCGGCGCCUUCGUCGUCAACCAGGCCUUUGGCCAGCAGCUCAUCAAGCUCGGCCACGGUGGAUCGAUCAUCAACGUCGCUUCCAUGUCUGGCGGCGUCGUCAACUACCCCCAGCAGCAGAACGCCUACAACGCGUCCAAGGCCGGCGUCAUCAUGAUGUCCAAGUCUCUCGCCGCUGAGUGGGCCCGCUACGGCAUUCGUGUGAACUGCAUCUCCCCCGGCUACAUGGACACCGCCCUCAACCGUGUUCCUGCCCUCGACGCCCAGAAGGUCAUCUGGAUCGACAACACCCCACAGAAGCGCCUCGGCGCGGUCAACGACCUCAACGGUCUGGCCGUCUACCUGGCAUCCGACGCGUCCGCGUACAUGACGGGUUCCAACAACAUCAUCGACGGUGGCUACACCCUCUGGUAG